UCAACAGCAGCUCUAAAGUCACCAUGAUCCGUGCCUGCGUCCUCUUGGCUCUUGCCACCAGCGCUUUCGCUGGCUACACCGGCUACGGCUUUGGCCACGGCUAUGGUCUCGGCUACGGCUACGGUGGUCUUGGAUACGGCUAUGGUCUCGGCUACGCCGGCUACGCUCCAGCUGUGCAUACUGUCGCUCACGCUGCCCCAGCCGUCGCCACCGUCGCCCACGCUCCAGUCGCCACCUACGCUGCUGCUCCAGUUGUCGCCGCUGCUCCAGCCGUGACCAGGGUCGCCGCCACCUACGCGGCUGCCCCAGUUGUCGCUGCUGCUCCAGCCGUCACCAGGGUUGCUGCCACCUACCACGCCCCAGCCGUUGCCACCUAUGCUGCUGCUCCGGUGGCCGCCUACCACGCCGCCCCAGCUGUUGCCACUUAUGCCGCUGCUCCAGCUGUCGCCACCUACGCCGCUGCUCCAGCCGUGACCAAGGUUGCCACCACCUACCACGCCCCAGCUGUUGCCGCCGUGGCUCACGCUCCAGUCGCCACCUACGCUGCUGCUCCAGCCGUCGCCACCUACGCUGCCGCUCCAGCUGUCGCCACCUACGCUGCUGCCCCAGCUGUGUCCACCACCACCGUCCACCACGCCCCAGCUGUGGCCACUGUUGCCCACGCUGCCCCAGCUGUCGCUGCCUACCACGCCGCUCCAGUCUACAACUACGGUGUCGGAACCCUUGGUUACGGCGUUGGCCACUACGGCUACGGCCAUGGUCUCCUCGGCUACGGUCUGAACUACGGCUAUGGUCUUGGCUCUCCCUACCACUACGGUGCCCUUCUCCGCAAGAAGAACUCUAGAGAGGGCAACCGAGGGAAGGACCAUGUGGGAGCCCAACAAAGGCAACAACAUGACAACAUGAAGGACAAGAAUAAGAAGAGCAAGAAGACGUCGCAGCAGCAGAAGCUGCAGCAGCGGCAGCAGCAGCAGCAGAAAAACAGGAGCUCAUUCAGCAGUUGGCUCAACAGCAGCUCUAAAGUCACCAUGAUCCGUGCCUGCGUCCUCUUGGCUCUUGCCACCAGCGCUCUCGCUGGCUACACCGGCUACGGCUUUGGCCACGGCUACGGUCUUGGCUAUGGCUACGGUGGUCUUGGAUACGGCUAUGGUCUCGGCUAUGCCGGCUACGCUCCAGCUGUGCACACUGUCGCUCACGCUGCCCCAGCCGUCGCCACCGUCGCCCACGCUCCAGUCGCCACCUACGCUGCUGCUCCAGUUGUUGCCGCUGCUCCAGCCGUGACCAGGGUUGCCGCCACCUACGCGGCUGCCCCAGUUGUCGCUGCUGCUCCAGCCGUCACCAGGGUCGCUGCCACCUACCACGCCCCAGCCGUUGCCACCUAUGCUGCUGCUCCAGUUGCCGCCUACCACGCCGCCCCAGCUGUUGCCACUUAUGCCGCUGCUCCAGCUGUCGCCACUUACGCCGCUGCUCCAGCCGUGACCAAGGUUGCCACCACCUACCACGCCCCAGCUGUUGCCACCGUGGCUCACGCUCCAGUCGCCACCUACGCUGCCGCCCCAGCCAUCGCCAGCUACGCUGCCGCUCCAGCUGUCGCCACCUACGCUGCUGCCCCAGCUGUGUCCACCACCACUGUCCACCACGCCCCAGCUGUGGCCACUGUUGCCCACGCUGCCCCAGCUGUCGCUGCCUACCACGCCGCUCCAGUCUACAACUACGGUGUCGGAACCCUUGGUUACGGCGUUGGCCACUACGGCUACGGCCACGGUCUCCUCGGCUACGGUCUGAACUACGGCUAUGGUCUUGGCUCUCCCUACCACUACGGUGCCCUUCUCCGCAAGAAGAAGUGUGAGUACAUCCUUUAG